UUUUCAAUUAUAAUGUCUAUUAAAUUGACAUAAUUUAAUUUCUCCAUUAACAGUACUCAAAGCAAAAUUUUGUCCAUCAUUCAUAAAUUAAAUAUUUCUAAUUCCUGAUUUUCCUCCCAAUUUAUUUUAACUUUAAACCUUAAAAUUAAUAAAAUCAAAUAUUAUAACUUCAUUUUUAUUAGUAAUAAUAGCAACGUGGGAAUUAUCAUUCAAAUCACUUACAGAACAAAUACUUGAAUUAAUAUUUAAAUUUUAGUUUUUUUCAAAAUUACCAUUUAAGAAAUUAAAUAAAACAAUACAAUUUAAGUUUAUUAAAAUGGCUUUAUUUUAGCCGAUUGUUUUUAUGAAUAAACAUUAAACAAAAUUGCAUUAAUAUUAUUUAAUUAUUUUCAUGUUUCGAAUAUUAAUAAGACUUAUAGAACCUGAUUUUGUUUUUGAAUGUAUUAAUAAAAUUCUAGACUUUUUACAAAAUGUGAAUUUCCCAACUAAGUUUUGGUUUCGGAAUUCUCCAACCUUUUUCUACAUGCUUUUAUAAAUAGAAAUAGCUUCAUUUUAUUGUAUUGCAAGAAUAUUUUUAUCUAUUUAAGUACUAUAAAUGCAUUAACGUUUUAAGUUUAAGGUUUUGAAUAAUUUAUAAUCUGAACUAUUUAUUAUUUAACAUCUUUUAUCUAAAGAUGUACUUAUUAAAUAUUUUUAAGAAUUCUAAACGUAAUUAUUAAGACUUGUUAUUUUAUCUGUAUGUGCUAAUAUUGAAACUAAUAUUUUUUCCUUUUCAACAUCUAUUAUUUUUAUUAAGUUACCUAUUCCUGCAGCAAGCUUAUUUACAGAUACGUUUUGUAUACAAGAUAUUUAUUCAACAGUGUUACAAGCUUAAACUUUGAAAAGCGAUUUUCUAUGUUUCAAAUCAAAGCUUAAAGGUAUUUAAUUAAUUGAAGGAAAAUCAAAUUAUAAUUAAAAAAGAGAAUUCUUUAAUGGAAUUCUUAUUUGUUAUUUUAUUAUUAAGGAAAAAUCAGGGAUUUUCAUAUUUUCGACGUUUUGAAUCAUAUGAGGAGUUAAAUUAUGGUCAUAAUCCAGUUUCUUUAAAUGUUAAAAUAUUGUCAUUAAAUUGUUAUUCA